CGCGGACCUGGCAAAAAAAGCUAACUAGAGCGGACCGCAGGCGUCGAAAGUUUUUUGCGACAGAUCCCAACGUCAACCCACCACCACCGCUCGUCCACCAACCAACCAACCAAAAGCACUCGCGACUCCUUCCACCCGCACUCUUCCCUCGACCCGCCCACUCACCCACCCACACACACUUACACACAAUCGCAGCAAUGGCCAAAGAGCGCAAGGAGAAGAAGGAGAAGAAGGACAAGUCCGCGAAACUCGAGGACCCAGUCUCGGACGGCUCCAACCGUGUGAGCAAGAAGGACAAGAAGGAGAAGAAGGAGAAGAAGAGCAGCAAGGCGGCGGCUGUGACUGCCGACGCGGCGUCCGCACUGCUCGACGCCCUCGAGAAGAAGUCUGAGGUCUCGGUCGAGGUCAGGGGCGUCGCUGAGUCCGUCGAUGUCGUCGGUGCCGUGCCGCAAAUUCACGACGAGCUCAUCGUCCCCUUCGCGCAGCCUCUUGCCAAUGAGAAGGCUACGAAGAAGGUGCUCAAGUGUGUCAAGAAGGGCGCGAAAAACAAGUGUCUCAAGCGCGGCGUGAAGGAGGUAGUAAAAGCUUUGCGCAAGUCGCCCGCGGCGACGGCAGGCACGUCAACGCCGUCGAACGGGCUGGUCGUCCUUGCCGCCGACAUCUCGCCCAUGGACGUCAUCUCGCACAUCCCCGUGCUCUGCGAGGACCACGGAAUCCCCUACAUCUUUGUCUCCAGCCGUGCCGAGCUCGGUGCUGCCGGCGCCACCAAGCGCCCCACUAGUGUCGUCAUGGUCAUGCCCGGGGCUGGUGCCGGGAAGAAGGGCAAGGAGGUCGCUCCUGAGGAGGGCUUCAAGGAGGCUUACGAUGAUGCUGUCAAGUUGGUCGAGUCCGCGCAGAAGGCGGUUGUGUAUUAAUUAAUAUGUGCUGCCCCCGUGGAUUCGUGGAUGCCGGAUAAAAAAUGGAGAUGAUGAUGACAUGUGCUGCUGGUGCUGCUGGUGCUGGAGAUGGUGGUGGUGGUGGUGGUGGUGGUUUAUUUCUGGUUCCUUUUUUUUUCUCUUCAUCUUCUUAACCUCUGCUUGGUUUUUUUCUUCUUUUUCUGUUGCGGGUUUUGCAAGUUCGGCUUGAUUACAUAGGGGCUUGAUUAUAGUCUUCCGGUUCAUUUCGGAGUAGAUUUGGGAACAAACAAAACUCCUGAACUUCAUAAUGGGACCUACCUACCUCAAUGGGACGAUUCGAUAUGAAAUGUGUUUUGUAGGGUC